AUGGUCUCCAGAGAAAAGAAGCCCGACUACGAGGAUCAGCACCAGGAGGACAUGGCAGCUUCUCAGGAAUGUUUGACCUUCAAGGAUGUAUCGGUAGAUUUCUCUUGGGAGGAGUGGGGAUGUCUCGAUCCAGCUCAGCGGAAAUUGUACUCAGAUGUGAUGUUGGAGAAUUACAGCAACCUGGUCUCCCUAGGUCUGGUUGUUUCAAAGCCAGUCCUGGUCACAUUUUUGGAACAAAUGCAGGAGAGCUGGGAUGUUUCCAGAAAAAAGUCAAUAUCCACUGCCCCAGCUGUAUCAUCUGUAUAUAAGCAGGAAUUCUUGCAAAUGUCAGGAAGAGAAGAUUUAUUAUUUGAAGCGACACUGAGUACAUGGGAUUCAGAGAGAAGUAGUCAAUGUGAUGCAAAUCGGAAGAAUACUAUCCACAAGUCAAAUCCUAAAGUACAUCAGAAGACUCAGCUUCCUGAUAGCCAUGAUGAAGGCGGUAAAGUAUUUGACCAAAUGUUCAAUCACAAUAGUCAUCAGGAUUUUCAUAUUGUGAAACUGGAAAUAAAGGAAGGCAAAUUUAUCAAAGGUUUAAAGGAAUCUUCAAGUAGCACUGCAGAAACAAAUAUUGCUGUCGGAGAGAAAGUUUUCAAAUAUUUACCAUGCAUGAGAGUCUUCAAUCAAAUACCUAAGGUAAAUACACUUAACAAUAUAGGUACCAGAGAAGAACACAAGUGUAAAGACUGUGGUAAAGCAUGUCAUUGUUUUUCAGGUGUAAAUCAACAUAAAAAAAAUUACCCUGCAAAAAAGGCUGAUAUGUGCAAAGAAUGUGGCAAUGCAUUUAGGAUUACCUCAAACCUUACACAUCAGCACAGAUUUCACACUGGACACGGCCCUGGUAAAUAUAGACAAUGUGGUAAAGCUUUUAGCCAGUCUUCAGAUUUCAAUGAAUAUCAAAAAAAUCAUAAAGGAAAGAAAAAUUUUGAAUGUAGUGAAAGAGACAAUGCCUUUCUGGAGUCCGGUAGUCUUGCACACGAUCACAGAAUUCUUACUGGAGAAAAGCAUUAUGAGUGUAGAGAAUGUGGAAAAGCCUUUAGGUGCUCCUCAACCUUUACGUGUCAUCAGAGAUUUCAUACUGCAGGGAAACCUUAUCAAUGUAUACAAUAUGACAAAGCAUUUACACAGUCUUCAAACCUUACUUGCCACCAAAUAAUUCAAACUGGAAAGAAGCCUUAUAAAUGUGCACACUGUAGGAAAGAAUUUACACACUCCUCAAGCCUUACUCAACAUCAGAAAAUGCAUAUUGGAGAGAAGCCUUAUCAAUGCACACAAUGUGACAAAACCUUUAGCCGGACUGCACACCUGACUCAACAUCAGAAAAUUCAUACUGGAGAGAAGCCCUUUGAAUGUACACAAUGUGAAAAAGCCUUUAGACACCUGAAAACACUUACUAAUCAUCAGAAAAUUCAUACUGGAGAGAAGCCCUAUGGAUGUACACAAUGUGGGAAAGCCUUUCGCCGGACUGCACACCUGACUCAACAUCAGAAAAUUCAUACUGGAGAGAAACCCUAUGAAUGUACACAAUGUGGGAAAGCCUUUAGGCAGCGGAUAACACUUACUCAACAUCAGAAAAUUCAUACUGGAGAGAAGCCCUACGAAUGUACACAAUGUGAAAAAGCCUUUAGACACCUGAAAACACUUACUAAUCAUCAGAAAAUUCAUACUGGAGAGAAGCCCUAUGGAUGUACACAAUGUGGGAAAGCCUUUAGACACCUGAAAACACUUACUAAUCAUCAGAAAAUCCAUACUGGAGAGAAACCCUAUGAAUGCACACAAUGUGGGAAAACCUUUGGACGGCAGGGAACACUUACUCAGCAUCAGAAAAUUCAUACUGGAGAGAAGCCCUAUGAAUGUACACAAUGUGGGAAAACCUUUAGACAUCAGGGAACACUUACUCAGCAUCAGAAAAUUCAUACUGGAGAGAAGCCCUAUGAAUGUACACAAUGUGAAAAAGCCUUUAGCCAGUCCUCAUACCUUGCUCAACAUCAGCGAAUUCAUACUGGAGAGAAGCCCUAUGAAUGUACACAAUGUGGGAAAGCCUUUAGGCAGCGGAUAACACUUACUCAACAUCAGAAAAUCCAUACUGGAGAGAAGCCCUAUGAAUGUACACAAUGUGGGAAAACCUUUAGACAGCAGGGAACACUUACUCGACAUCAGAAAAUUCAUACUGGAGAGAAGUCCUAUGAAUGUACACAAUGUGAAAAAGCCUUUAGACACCUGAAAACACUUACUAAUCAUCAGAAAAUUCAUACUGGAGAGAAGCCUUAUACAUGUGCACAUUGUGGCAAAGCCUUUACAUGCUCCUCAACCCUUAUUCUACAUCAGAGAGGUCAUUCCCAUGAGAAGGUUUAUGUAUGUAAAAUAUGUGGUAAAGCCUUUCACCAGUCCUGUAAGCUUUCUCAGCAUCAGAAACUGCAUAUAGGAGAGAAACCCUGAAAGUGUUGAUUAUGUAAUAAAGCAUUUUAUAGUCCUCAAACCUUACUUAACCUCAAACAAUAG